UAAAUGCUCUCGACAUUUGUGCGUUAUCUCGGGCCCAACCACAUCUGAAGAGCAAGGGCCAAUAAUUCUGACGAUUUAACCUUUUUUGGGCUGUCUGUGCCCCAAGUGUCGAAUCUACCUUUUCAAUCUCAUAAUUCAUUGGUGACAAUCAUCCGCCGCAGACAAAUGGCUUCAUUUAGCAAAUGCUCUUCGGAUGCUCCUCUAGUGCAUUGUACAAGGUAUUUGAGCAGAGGAAUAUUGAAAUACUGUGUCGAUGGCUAGGCUAGGAUGAGGUGUUAUGUUGGCCACGGGCGCGAGCAAUGAAAGUCGCUGUGCGAUCCUACCAGGCAUUUGAAUCAAACCUAUAACAGCAUAUAGUUUGUUCCCCCUCAAAGUGGCUGUUCAUUGAGUUGUUUCAUUAAAAAUCAACUUUUGUUUUUCUAGUCGAUGAAUGCCAGCGCUCCACGACCCAAUCACUCCGCUGCAAAAGUUCCUGGUCGCCUGUCUGGUGCCAGCUUCUUCUCUAUUCUUCGCUGUGGUGCUCCUCGCUCAACUCCACGUCGCUCACGUGAGACAGGUCCGUGCGUUCAUCUUUAUUGGUGGUUUGAGCACAUUUUUACUUGACACAUGGGAACGAGCACUCAUUCUAUUCCUAAUUCUGGGAUGGACCAAGUCUCCGACAUCUUUUUCCCCCCGAAUCAAUCGUCUUUCUACUUGUACGAUUCCUUGCGGGCCUUAUCAACUUGCGCUCGGCUGUUUUACUUUACGAGAGGACCGAUUAGAUGUCAGCGAGACAGGAAUGAUAGGGCAACGCAAGCUGAAACACGUUGCAGGCAAGGCUGUAACUUUUGAGUCUUACGUUGGGCGCGUCAUGCGACACCACCCCACAAGUCUACUCCGUGUCCCCAUACCGCUAUCGGGCCUCCCCGGAAUGGCGGUGGGGACAAUGAUGUUCUGUUCCAACGACCUGGUACACCCGCAUGGCUAACCUCUCUCUCUCUGUCGCAUGGCAAUUUCACUCUCUGCGCAUUUUGCUAACCUUCCUGGAGCACGGUGUGAGUACUGAAUGGUGUGAAUCAGCUCAGGAGCUCUUCGGGGAUCGACUUCGACUAUUUCUUGCAUUGCUGUAGAUGCAAUGUGCAUUUAUUGCAUUUCAGACUUUUACGGUGUUCAUCUUGCAUCUUUUAUAGAUGUAGGAUCUUGCAUUACUGCUUUUGUCAUUUUGCCUUUUUUUUUGCUGCUGUGUCGUCAUUGCACCUGCGACAUAAUCAUAUUGCAUGAUCGU